UUGACCUUUAAAAGUGCUUUUCUGUGUCUUGACGCUGAUAUCUACAAAAUGACUGUGAUUUUAUUCCAGUGGUAUCGUUUGUAAUUGAAACUUUUAAGAUACGACUCUCACCGCGUACGAAACAAUAGCUGCGUUGUAGUCGCGUUUCACACCUCUCUUUGUCUGUCUUUAUAAGGCGUUAACUACAGCAGCCUUUAAUACCUGAACUCUUGAUUCAGCCAAGGUAAGUGCCCCCCCUUAUAUUUUCUAUGUAUGUGUUCAGGUGAUAUUUAGAAAAAAAUAGGUGUGUUUAGCGCUGGAUGUCAUUUUAUUCCAGAGCUGUUGUUUGUAAUUAAAACUUUUAAGAUUAGGUGGUACAGUGUUUUUACUCCCUUCCAAACAGUAAAGUUCCUCUUUGUCUCUCAGUAGGAAAUUUAAACCAGACAGUACAAGGCUACAUUUCAGUGUUACAAGCCAAUCAGUUUGCUAAUUGUUCUGUGAGAUUUGUUUGCAAAGUUUAAGGUGUUAAGUAGGACUGUGAACAUCUGGGUCUGCUUGCUGCUGGCAUUCUGCCAGAGCCCCAGCAACAAGACCGCCUCCCAGCAACGAGACUGCCUGUCAGCCUUGCAAGAUGCCGAGAAAAAAUAAAAGAUCCCAGGCACAAAAGAAGCGCUGGAAACCACUUGACCUGGUUGAUCCUGCUGUCCCAAUGCUCACUGGCCACAACCAAGAUGAGGCAGUCAGUAGUUUUCCAUCUGACCAGCAGAUGGCACCAGCCGGGUUAUCUUUGGAAACACGGGAUAGACCCACCUCCUUAUGUCCCCCAGGUACCAAGCAGACAGCACCAGCCAGCUUGUCCUUGGAAACUGAGAAUAGACCCACCUCCUCAUGUCCUCCAGGCAACAAGAUUUCAGACAAUCGUCCACCAGCAAAACGAGUCUGGGCAACUGAUGAUUUCCACACGGCAUCAAAUUCUCCACCUAAAAAGCCUUUCCACAACAUAAAUGAACAACUACUGACAGAGGAGCUACAGAGAAACGCAGUUCAGAACUUCUGGUGUGUCAGUGCAACUCAUUGUCAAAGUGAUGAAAGGUACACAGAAUUCUCUCGAAAUCAUCAGUGCACAUGUAAUGCCCUCACAUUCCUGGCCUACCUUAAUGAGGAACACCAGUUCAACACAGCCCGACUUGAUAAGGUGCUUGAACAGGGAGAUGCACUCUACUGUUGGAUUAAAACAAAUCUUCAGCAGGAGAGGCGUUAUACACAAGAUCAUCUGACCAUGGAGGACCUGCCCAAAGAAGUUCAUGCUGACAUAAAUGUCUACAGUGUAAAAAUGGACAACAUAAGGUAUGGAUACCUGAAAGCAGAAGACAAAACUUACCAAAGAAAAGAGUGGUGGUUGCCUCUUGCUAGUCGCCUUGUAUGUCUGUCAACAGAUGUGAACUAUGGUUUGCUCAUGGUUUCGCCUCAGUGCAUUGCAGUUUUCCGUGACAAAUCUGGGAGGUAUGGAUUAUUUGAUUCACAUUCAAGAAGUGCAGCAGGUUUACCCCAGCCAAAUGGAACAGCAGUCAUGCUCACGUUCACUCAUGUGAAUGACCUGAUCAACCACUUGCAUAACCUUUUUCAAAAUCAAGGCAGGUAUGCAAGAUAUGAGCUUGUGCCUGUUUCUUUCAAAAGAGUCAGCACUCACAACGAACAGCCUGCACUCAGGCAACAGGAGCAACAGCUACAUCAUCACCACAAAUCACAAAUUCCACUGUGCAAGUGCCUCAACCAGAAUCAGCCCAAACCUACAUGA